AUAAAUAAAUUGAAUCUUUCAAUGUCUGUUCAUUUAAUGCAAUAAAAACAAAAAAAAAUAAUAAUAAGAAUAAUAUUAAUAAUGAUAAUAAUAAUAAUAAGAAGGAGAAUACUACAUUUUAGAUGUGUGGAUGCCUUUCAAAACACUUAAGGAAAUCUUACAAAUAAAAACACAUGUGAUUAAAGAAUUAAAUUAUGUAUUUAAAAUCAAGCUUCAUAACACAAACAUUUACUUAUUUCUGGGUAAAUUUGAAUUUCCUUAUUAAAAAUUUUGCAAUAAAGGCAAACCAUGUGAAGAUUCUUCAUUGUGCCCUCACCACUCUGAUGUCAAACAUGCUGUGUGACAAAACAGAUUUUUGUCUUUAUCUAGCUUGGGAGACGUCAAACACGGAUAUCUUUUAGGUGGAUCCUAGGUGUGUCCGUGUCCUAUGUCAUCUAUAAAACCCCUCACAGUCCCGCUGAAGGUUCAGCCUGAAAAAAAGCAAAGAUCAGCACAAAGAUGAGUCUCACAGCUAAGAACAAGGACACAGUCAGGACCUUCUGGGCCAAAGUUUCUAGCAAUGCCGAGGCCAUUGGCACAGAUGCUCUUUCCAGGAUGCUGGUGGUGUACCCACAGACCAAGACCUACUUCUCCCACUGGAAGGACCUGAGUCCCGGCUCUUCCCCGGUGAAGAAGCACGGAGCUACAGUGAUGGCUGGAGUUGCUGAUGCUGUGGCCAAAAUCGACAAUCUGACAGCUGGUCUCCUGAACCUUAGUGAGCUGCAUGCCUUCACUCUGAGAGUGGACCCAGCCAACUUCAAGAUCCUCUCCCAUAACAUCCUUGUGGUCUUGGCCAUCAUGUUCCCCAGUGACUUCACCCCUGAGGUCCAUGUGGCUAUGGACAAGUUCCUGUCUGCUGUGGCUCUGGCUCUAUCUGAGAAGUACAGAUGAACUGCAAACUGGAGCAGAAGUUCAGGAUAGAAGACGUGCUACGUUUAUUUUCUCCGUUUGAGUUUAAAUAAAGUAAUUAAUACAGUUAAA